AUGUGUUGGGUCGUGGGUAGAUUUGGCAACAAUGUUUCUCUGUUUUUGACGCAUGUAUCUGUUACGGCGGCGCGCAAACGAGGUGUGACUCUCCCCCCCCACUUCACCUGUGCCCCUGGAUCACGCUGGAAGGUUGAAUGCAAUACGUGCAGCUGUUCAGACACCGGCAUUGCAGCUUGCACUCUGAUGGCUUGUGUUGGUGAUUUCCAGCAGAGCGCCGAUGAAUCUGUUUGUGACGAAGGCUCGAGAUGGAAAAUUGACGACUGCAACUGGUGCAAGUGCAUCAGAGGCUCACCCGCGUGCAGCAGCAGACCUUGUGACAACCAUCAGCCGUUGGCGAGAGCAAACUCAGAUGAUGGCAUACCACCCGGGGGAGUCUGCACUCGAGGAUCCGCCUGGAAGACCGAUUGCAACUGGUGUACUUGCACCCGGGACGGCAAUGCAGUUUGCAAUCUGAAGGCGUGUCUGGACGAUUACGUUCAGGACCCGAUGGAGAAGCAGUGCGAAAACGGCUCGAAGUGGCUCGUGGAAUGCAACACCUGCGUGUGCGUCGACGAGAGGGCACGGUGUACGCGGAGGGCAUGCGGCAUUUCACGCGACACACCAGAACUGCCCCCUGAUGCUGUGUGCAAACCCGGAUCAACGUGGAAGGAAGACUGUAAUACGUGUAGAUGUUCAAGCACAGGGAAAGCUGUUGCGUGUACUAUGAAGGGGUGUGUUGGCACUGCAGAGGAUACCAGCGAACCUAAGUGUUCUCACGGAUCAAAAUGGAAGAGAGAUGAAUGCAACUGGUGUGACUGCAUUUACGGGGAAGUCAAUUGCACAGAGAGAGUGUGUGGCCACCCUACACUACGCGUGGGCCAGCCUGACGAAAAGGAGGAAACGUGUACCGAAGGCUCGAGAUGGAGAGUCGGCUGCAACUGGUGCACUUGCAGAAACGGCACAGGAGGAUGCACCAAGAGAGGAUGUCCUUCGGAUUACGACCAACGGACAGACGAGCCAGAAUGUGAAGGGAAUUCCGAGUGGAAGAAGGACUGCAACUGGUGCCACUGUGCUGAAGGCAGAGGAAUUUGCACAACGGCGUCUUGCUUUGAGAUCCCUACAGUGCAUUCUCAGCCAACAGUAACAGUGACCCGAGAAGAGGCUGAGUGCACUGAAGGAUCACGCUGGCUACGGUCUUGCAACUCCUGCCGUUGUAUUGAAGGGAAAGCAGCUUGUACAAAGAGAAUGUGCAUCCCAGAUUUUAAGCCCUCCCCAGAAGACCGUGUUUGUGAAGGCAAUUCCAGUUGGAGAGUUGACUGUAAUUGGUGUAAAUGCGCAGAUGGAAAAGCUGCUUGUACCAUCAAGGCUUGCGGAGUACAGCGACCCAGACCUCCGCCAGUGGCAGUAACAGUUACACGAGAGGAAGGAGCGACUUGCACUGAGGGAUCUCGUUGGCGUCUGGGCUGCAACUGGUGUCGUUGCAUCAAAGGCCAAGGCGCAUGCACUAAGAGAGGAUGCAUAGCUGAAGACGCUCCAACUCCCGAUGACCCUGUAUGCGAAGGAGAUUCGUCAUGGAAAGAUGACUGCAACUGGUGUAAUUGUGUAGAUGGAAAGGCAGUUUGCACUGAAAUGGCAUGUGUCCCAGAAGGUCGAAGCUUAGAUACUGCUGGCGUACAGGAAAACCCAGCUCCUAAACCCUGUGUUAAUGGAACUACAUGGUCUAAGGAUUGCAACAGAUGCUCCUGCAUCAAUGGAGUUGGCAGAUGCACUCGCCGCUUUUGCCGUCGCCCACCCGUGGAUCCCAUCUGUAAUCUGCCAGCAAUUAAUCCUGAAGUAGAGGUCUGUCGUGGAUUCGAGAGCUUGUGGACUUUUGACAGUUAUGAAGGAAGAUGUGUGGAAGUCGUAUAUGGAGGUUGUGGAGGAACAGAGAACUUGUUUGAGACGAAGGCAGCCUGCGAAGCAAAGUGCACCAGCCCCAGGCAAGGGUUGCUGCGAUCUGGAGGUAGCCAGGAUGAUAGAUGUAAACUGGGACUCGAUUCUGGGCCAUGCUUCGGCCUUUUCCAACGCUAUGGGUACAACUCCACCAGUGGUCGGUGUGAGCAGUUUGUGUUUGGGGGAUGUGCCGGAAAUGCCAACAACUUCGAAACAGCGCAGGAGUGCCAGGAUCGUUGCGGAGGAGGAGUGCCUGUGUCUGACUCAUCCUGUGACCGGACAAAAUGCCCUUGGAAGCGCUGGGCUCACUAUCUCGUCAAGAACUGCAUCCCACAGUACGAAAAUGGUGCCUGCUGUCCGACUAGCUUCUCUUGUCCUCCGUCAGACUCCAUUAUCCCAGAUCCAACGAAAUGCUACUACAGAGGUAACUUCUACAAUGAUGGUGAGAAUGUGCCUGUAGACGAUGUCUGUUCCGCUAGCUGUCGCUGCCUUGCCCGCUCCACUCCAGCUCAGAUUAACUGUGCCAGUAUUGAGUGCCCUAGCCUCUUCAGGCCUCCUCGCCCAGGGUGCCGUCUUCUCUAUUCUCCUGACAAGUGCUGCUCAACUGGCGAGGAGUGCCAGGACUCCGCAGCCCCGCCAGACUUAUCGACCCGUGCCGCUGGGUGCUCCUGGGGCAACAGAACCUACCAAAUUGGAGAUAAGAUGUAUUUGGAUGACUUCCCGUGCCAUUCAUGCAUUUGCACUCCAGAGUUCUCAAGUCCGACAGGUCCUGGAUGUUCAAAGAUUGACUGUGGAUUUGAAUUCAGAUACACCUCCAGGCUUGCAGAUGGCUGUGUGCCUAUUUUCUUUGAGGAGAAGUGUUGUCCCAUUGACUGGUUGUGCCCUGGAGACAGUCGUAUCACACCACCUGAUUCCCAACAGGAGCAUCAGAGAGUUUCCCCACAGAAAAAAGAGAAACAAUGCCAUUUAGGAGAGCUUUCUAUUAGCCAAGGUUCAAAACUCAACAUUGACAACUGCAGGAUUGACUGCAGAUGCACAACACCUCCUGAGCUCACCUGUGUUCAGUACAGGUCAUGUGAUUUAGCUGCAGAGUUCAUACAGCCAAAAGAUUGUCCUGAGGUAGACUGUCCACCAGCAUGCCAGACUAUAACUGAUGCUGCCACUAGGUGUCCAGUAUGCUCUUGCACUAAAAAUACUUUCUCCUGUGAAAAGAAGGAGUGCCCAAGUGGCUGUCGAACAGAUUUUGACAGCAAGACUGGUUGUCUUACUUGUGAAUGCCAAUGUCCUAAACACCCACACCCGUGUCCCAUGGACUGUGCAGUUCGAUAUGUUAAGGAUGAAACGACAGGGUGCGAGGUGUGCGAGUGUGAUCCCAAUAACCCUGGGAAUCCUUUUGCUCCUCCUCGUCUUUCUAACUGUCCCACCUACCCUCUAGGACGUCUGCCAUGCCCCCUAGAUUGUGAAGUUAGAAUAGUUGUAGAUGAAACUGGUUGUGAAAAAUGUGAAUGCGAUCCCAUUAACCCUUUGCGGCCCUCUGAUUGUCCCAAAGACUACACUGGACGAGCUCCAUGCCCCAUGGAUUGUGCCAUUCGGUAUUUCACUGACCCUGAAACAGGCUGUGAGAAGUGUGACUGUGAUCCUGCACAUCCUGGUCAUCCAUUUGGUCCUCAUAUUCCUCCCCCACGUUCAAAUUGCCCCAAAGGUCCAUCUGGAAAACCCCCAUGCCCCAUGGAUUGUGCCGUUCGGUAUGUCACUGACCCUGAAACAGGCUGUGAGCUCUGUGAAUGUGACCCUGCAAAUCCUGGUCAUCCAUUUGGUCCUCCCCCACGUUCAAAUUGCCCAGUAGAUCCUGCUGGAGAUCCCCCAUGCCCCAUGGACUGUGCCAUUCGGUAUGUCACUGACCCUGAAACAGGUUGUGUUAGGUGUGAAUGUAACCCCGAUAGGCCUGGACACCCAUUUGGUCCCCAUAUCCAGUCAAAACGCACUCUGUGUCCUCGUGACCACACUGGUAAACCACCAUGCCCUAUGGAUUGUGCAAUUCGUAUAGUGGUAGAUGAACAAACUGGCUGCGAGAGGUGCAUAUGUGACCCUGAUAACCCAGGCAAUCCCUUUGGACCUUAUUGAUUCCAAGGGCAAGAUUUUCUUUUCAAAAGGGAACCCUGAGUGGUUAUCCGUUUUAGCCUUUUGAUGAUUGCCCGACUGUCCUGGCCUUUUUACUUUUUUUUUUUUAUUUUACUCUAUUAUAUAGUUAAAUCAAAGCCAUUUAUGAUUUUCCUUGGUAGGAACUAAUCUCAAGUUUUGAUCAGCAGUAAACUAGGAGAGUAUAAUUCAACAGUAGUUUUAUAUAAAAUCCUGUUACAAAAUUUAGUGUCAGUUAAUAUUUCCACCAAAACUGAAAUUAAAAUGUGCAAAUAAAAAUAGGAAUGAAUAAUGAAA